AUGGCUCCCAAGGGCAAUAAAUACUCUGUCAUCCUCCCAACCUACAAUGAGCGGAAGAACCUCCCUAUCAUAUGCUGGCUCCUAGAGCGGACCUUUCGAGAGAACAACCUAAACUGGGAAGUCAUCAUCGUCGACGAUGGCUCCCCCGACGGAACCCUCGAAGUCGCCCAACAGCUCCAGAAAGUUUGGGGCGCCGACCACAUUGUCCUCAAGCCCCGAGCUGGGAAACUCGGACUGGGAACCGCAUACAUCCACGGCCUGCAAUUCGUCAGCGGCAACUACGUGAUCAUCAUGGAUGCUGAUUUCAGCCACCACCCCAAGUUCAUCCCCGAGAUGAUCCGCAUUCAAAAGGAGACAGAUGCCGAUAUUGUCACGGGCACGCGCUAUGCCAGCCGCGACAACAUCAAGGGAGGCGUGUACGGGUGGGAUCUAUUCCGGAAAUUCACGUCGCGCACGGCGAACCUGAUUGCGGACGUUAUGCUCAUGCCGGGCGUGAGUGACCUGACGGGGAGCUUCCGGUUGUACAAGAAAAGCGUGUUGGAGAAGGUGAUUCACAGUACACAGAGUAAGGGGUACAGCUUCCAGAUGGAGAUGAUGGUUCGCGCGAAGGCCAUGGGAUUCAAGGUUGCAGAGUGCCCGAUUACAUUUGUUGAUCGGUUGUACGGAGAGAGCAAGCUGGGCGGCCAUGAGAUUGUCGAGUAUCUCAAGGGUGUUUUGACUCUUUGGCUCAAGGUUUGA